ACAACUGGAACUCUUAGUGCUGUUGCUUAUGAAAAUAAUCCACCAAAUUGAAUUGGUGUUAUAUCAUGUGAGCAUGUACUCAAUUUUAAUGAAUCAAUAUUUGAAGAAAAAAUUACUAUUUAUCAACCUUCAUAUAAUGAUCUUUUUGAACCAAAGAAAAAGUUAGAGGAAUUACUUUAUUUAUCAAAAGAAUCAGAAGAUGGAGAAGGUAAUGAGUAUAUAGAUGAAAUUAAUGAAAUGCUGAGAAAAUUAAAUCUUGCGGAAAGCCGAAAUUCAACUCUUGCUACUUAUGUAAAAGGCAUGCGAGAAAAUUUUUAUUCUAAAAUAGAUAAAAAAUACUAUGGCGUUGAUGCUGGGUUUUGUGUCUUUGAUAAUGAAAAUCGUAAAUUAUCUUCAAAAAACUUUCCAAUUCCUUCAAAUUACUUUAAAAAUGCUGGACUUUCUACUUGCCUAGAGGGUACUUAUACUUACUGUGAGUUGAAGAAUUUUGAUUAUAAUAAUAAAGUUUUUAAAGUAGGAAGAACUACAGGACUUACCCUUGGACAAUUACUUCCUACUGAUCAAGCUAUUGCGUGUAGCUUAACAAAUGAAAGUAUUAAGAAUGCAAAAAAUUUAGAAAUGGAAAAACAUAUUCAAUGUUAUAACAAUGCAGAUCAAAAAAUUUUUAUUGGAUAUAUGAAAUCACGAUUAGAUUCAGAAAUUUGUCAGAAACGUAAAAAAUGCUAUCCUGUUAAAUGGUUUGAUCGUCAGCUGGCAUUUCAGUUUGAACCUGGAGAGUUUGAAUGUGGUGAUUCAGGAGCCAGUGUUUUGGAUAAACAAGGAAAAGCUCUAGGUAUCCUUCAUGCAAAAUUGAGAAUACCAAAUCAAACAUUUGGUAUUGCUUCUCCUUACUUUGCCAUUCUUGAAGCACUUGACGUAAGCAUUCACUUGUCUUCCAAUCCUGUUAAACCCACAAUUACUUCACCUUCCAUUAUUUCACCUCCCCCAUCAUAUCUAUCUUUAAGUAAUGAAAAUGAUUGUGAAAGAUUAACACCUCCCCCGUCCUACUUAUUUUCGAAUGUUCAAAACGAUUACAGUAGAGUAAAUAAGCGUAAUAUGGAUAUUAAUGUCGAAACAUAUAAUAAUCCAAAAAGAAGCAGGAUAGAUCAGCAGAAGGAACUUUAAAGUUUUUAAGCCUUUAAAUUUAAUUAAUAAUUAUUUUUAGAUAAUAACUAGGCGUAACCUGUUGCGUUGCGCCAGGGACGAUAAAGUAAGAUAGUAAUAAUACAUACACUUAUAUUUUAUUUGCCAUACAGUGUGAAUAGGUCUAGUUUUUUACUAUUA